GUGCAACUCUUUAUUCACGCUCAAAGAAAACAACAAUUGUCGCUCUUUAAUCCGCUUCCUGAUUAACCAACCGUGGAGCCAGGUAGCCCAGCAGCUACUCUACGCUCUUUUCUCAUAAUAACGGUCCCAGACGCUUCUUGAUCAGUUCGUCUGGUGACCUCCGCAAUUGACCUUCGCAACCCUCGAUCUUCCCCCUUUGAUUCCAAAUACCAUGGCGAGCCGGCAGAUUACACGACGAGUUCUUAUAAGCGCCGCGGUUGCGCUAUUCAUCGUCUUCGUCCUCUUCAUCCAACCCCAAGGGCCUCCAAGUCCUGCGAUUCGAGCCCCUGGACAUAUCGAUAAGUCCGCGCCGGCGUCGAGCCUGGUCAAGGAUGACUUGCUGAAAGGGAAAGUGGUAAUGUCGCGACUGGGAAAUGAGACCGUGAAGGCAGAAUUAGGUCGGGCGACGUGGAAGUACUUCCACACGAUGUUGGCGCGGUAUCCCGAACACCCUACGCAAGAGCAGCGGGAGACGCUGCAUUCGUUUAUAUACUUGUUCUCGCGAUUAUAUCCAUGCGGCGAAUGUGCCUCGCACUUCCAGCAACACCUACAAAAGUAUCCGCCACAAGUCUCGUCACGGAAUGCCGCCGCGGGCUGGGGUUGCUUUAUCCACAACGAGGUCAAUGCGAUGCUCGAGAAGCCAUUAUUCGAUUGCAAUAAGAUCGGCGACUUCUACGACUGUGGUUGCGCCGAGGACGACGAGGAGGCAGCGGGUGCGAGUGGAGAGAAACACAGCGAGAACGGAGCAGACAAAGGCCAAAGCGAGAGUGCGCAUCAGCAGACUGGCCAUCAUGACGAAGGUGGCAUGCCGCUUGUCGAAAUUUCGAAAGAGGAGACCACGCGGGGUUGAUUGGCUAAGUUCAUAUACAGCGGUUCUUUCACAGUUUGUCUUUUUCUUUGUAGAUACCCGAUUAAAGACCCGAUCUUCUCAUUGAUGGGUUUGAGAGCCAAUUUUGUACAUAUGCGUU